GCUUUUACGCGCAGGCUGUGCUUGACAUCACUUCCUGGUGCUGUUGUCAGGUAGACCCAGCACCACUGAAGAAACUUUCCUCCUGCCGACGACUAUGACAACUUUUAACUUAUUCUAACUAUCACAACACACCACCGCCACCUCCACCAUGGCCUGUGCGGACUCGGACGUGGACCUGGAGACGGCUCCUCUCACGGCGCUGAACGUGAAGGUGAGGACCCGGCUGGGGCUCUUCCUGAACCCGAGGAACACCGUGGCCCCGGACUGGACGGCGCUGGCGGAGGAGGCCGGCUUCACCUACCUGGAGAUCAAGAACUUCGAGGGGCGUCGGAACCCCACGGCGGUGGUGCUGGACGAGUGGACGGCCCGCGCCACGGACGCCACGGUGGGGAAGCUGCUGGUCAUCCUGGAGAAGCUGGAGAGGAACGACAUCCUGGAGGAUCUGCGCUGCGCCAUCGUGGAGGAUGUCAGGAGGUACCGUGAGAAGGAGGCUGAACGCCCGCUCCAGGUUCCUGAGGUCGACAGCUGCGUCCCUCGCACCCCUGACAGAAUUGGCCUCACCCUGGAGGACGACCCCGACGGUGUGCCCGAGCUGUUUGAUGCCUUCAUCUGCUACUGCCAGAGCGACAUUGAAUUUGUCCACGAGAUGAUCCGUGAGCUGGAGCAGACCGACUGCAAGCUGAAACUGUGUGUGUUCGACAGAGACGUGCUGCCGGGCUCCUGCGUUUGGAGCAUCACGAGUGAACUCAUUGAGAAGAGGUGUAAGAGGAUGGUGGUGGUGAUUUCUGAUGAAUACCUCAACAGUGAUGCCUGUGACUUUCAGACAAAGUUUGCUCUCAGCCUCUGUCCAGGAGCCCAAAGGAAACGACUUAUCCCGGUGCUGUACAAGUCAAUGAAGAAGCCGUUCCCCAGCAUCUUACGCUUCCUCACCGUGUGCGACUACACCCGGCCCUGCACUCAGGCCUGGUUCUGGGUACGACUGGCCAAAGCUCUCGCUCAGCCAUAACCACGGCGAAGGCUGCCGACUGUGUUUGAAUGUGGCUUCUUAUGCCGUCAAAAAGGUUGAUGUCAGACAUUGGUAAAACAUUACAGGUUCAAGUGUGCGCUGCUGCUGCUGCUUGUGAUCCACGUCCUGUCAGCAUGUGAAACCCGCCUGUAAUUUCCUGUGUGCAAAAUAGUUCAUUGCGUCACUCAUGGUGCACGAGGAUAUAAAAUAUCAGCAAAGUUCUCCGAGAGCACAAAGCACACAGCCAUUAUUAUGAUGUUAGAGAUUGUGCCUGCCUGCCACUAAUUUGGAUGUAUGCAAGUUGUAAUGGUGAGGAGGAUGUGUUUAUAUUUAGGGCUGUAUGUUCGAAACACGGUGUAAACUCUCGUGGCCCCGGCCGCUUCCUCUUAUGAGUUAACCUUGAGAUGGGAUUAAAGCAUAAAGAGGAAGACAUGUUGUGAUGUGAUAUUUCCCCCGUGUGCAGUUCCACUGACUCCAGCCUCUCUCUCUCUGCCACUUUCUCCCUCACCGUGAUGCCUUGACUGUUGUACUUUUUUAUAUUGUUCAGAAUCAUAUUAUUGAGAUUUGUUAUAUUUUAUUUAAAAAAAAAUACAUUUAAUGCCACUUUUCAAGGACAUUGGUCAUGAAUGAUUGAAUCAGUGAAUAAAAGCAGAGCAGUUCCUGUGGA